GUGUAGGAAAGGUUGUAUACGAAGCGACGGCAUCCGGUGUAAACAUGGCGGCCUCGCUCAGCCGGAGACUGGCGGCCCUGGCCAGGUGUGUCCCCACCACUGUUGUACCUCGUGCAGGAGAGGCAAGACGGUUCAGCUCCCAGCUGUAUCCUACUAUUCGGCCUGAGAACGCUGUUCAGAAGCAGACGUUGAGUGAGUUUGGGCAGUACGUAGCAGAGUGUCUACCUAAAUAUGUCCAGAAGGUACAGAUCACAGCUGGAAAUGAACUGGAAGUGUUGAUAGCUCCUGAAGGAGUGGUUCCUGUUAUAUCCUUCCUGAAAGAUCAUACUAAUGCCCAGUAUACAUCCCUGUCUGACCUCUGUGGCGUUGACAUUCCUACCAGGGCUUACCGCUUUGAGGUGGUGUAUAACCUUCUGUCUCUGCGUUAUAAUGCCAGGAUCCGCGUAAAGACAUACGCUGAUGAACUGAUGCCUGUGGAUAGCAUUUGUGAUGUAAGCAUUAGGGAUUGGUCACUUUUAUCACUGAAAUACUAUAAUAAGACACUUUCUUCCACUUGUUCAAUUUUUCAGGUUCGAUACGAUGAUGAAGCCAAACGAGUGGUUGUGGAACCCAUUGAGCUUGCACAGGAAUACCGCAAGUUUGACCUCUCGGCACCAUGGGAACAGUUUCCCAAUUUCCGAGAGCACGCAGCCGCGGAGGAGGUGCCAAUAAAAGAAGAGAAGGAGUGAGCACAAGUUCUACCAUAGGAACCUUAGGCAUUGAAGGUCGUGAAGCAAAUAAUGUUUACUUAGUACGUCGCGACUUGUUAAGAUUCUGGACAACUUAUGGUUAGUAUAUUGAUAAAUUGAUGCACAUUAUGCAAUUAGUUUUGUUUGAUAGCCAGUACUGUACAAGAUGAAUUGUGUAUUUGGAGCAGAAGGAAAUUAAUAUAAGCAUACAGUAAUAUGACUUUAUAUUUUAUGUAAAUAGAUGUAAAUGUUGAUUGAAAUAAAAAUUAAAGAUGAA